UCCACGGCGCUCGAGGUCUGGCAGGGCGUGGGCUGCUUCGCGGGCAGCCACCGGCGGCGGCUCUGGAGCUCGCCGAGCAUGCUGUCCCAGUUCGUGCUGCGGCCCGCGUGCCUCCAGCGGCACCUCGCGCUCAACGGGACGACGUGGGACGACCCGGCGGACAUCAAGGUCCGCGCGAGCAGCGGCCUCGGCGCGGCGGACGCGUUCGGCCCGCUGAACCUCUGGGGCGAGCUCAUGGCGAACCUGGCGAUCCUGGGCUACGACGAGACGUCGCUGCGGCUCCUGGGCUUCGACUGGCGGCUCUCGGCGCAGCGCCUCGAGGCGCGCGACGGCUUCUUCACGCAGGUCAAGGCCGAGGUCGAGCUGCUGGGCGCGCUGAGCGGCGCCAAGGUCGCCGUCCUCGCCCACUCCCUCGGCGCGAACCACUUCGUCCACUUCAUGCGCUGGGUCGAGGCGCGCGAGCCCGGCUGGGUCGAGCGCCGCGUCGCGCGCUUCGUGCCCAUCUGCGGCGCGCUCCUCGGGUCGGCCAAGGCGCUGGCGUACCUGGUCACGGGCGAGAUGACCGACGCCGUCGGCAUGGGCCCGCUCCUCGCCCAGCUCUUCGAGAGCCACGGCGGCAUCCAGCGCCGCGCCGUCGCGGACCUCACGCGGUCCUGGGCGUCCGUGCCGGCGCUCCUGCCCAAGGGCGGCGACGCCUUCUGGCGCACGGACGACUUCGUCGUCCUCGACGAGCCGCCGGCCGACGUCCGCGCGGCCCUCGAGCGCGACGCGGCCGCGAACGGCACCGUCGCGGCCGCGCUCCUCGCCGCGCUCGCGAAGAACCGGACCAUGGCCGUCGACGCGGCCCUCGACUGGCUCCGCGCCAUGCUCCCGGCCUACGGCGCGCUCCUCGACGGCGAGUACGACCUCACGGGGCCGCCGGCCGCCGGCCGGCGCCGCCGGCGGCCGCCGCUCCCGGCGCGCGCGUGGGGCAACGGCCUCCUCGCGCCGCUGCCCAAGGCGCCGAGCCUCGAGAUCUACUGCCUCUACGGCACGGGCCGCAGCACGCCCAAGACCUUCGAUCCGCGCCAGGUCCCCGAGCGCUACCUCGUGAUCUCCGACGCGGGCGCGCCGGGCAGCGGCGUCAUCGCCGGCGACGGCGACGGCACGGUGCCGAUCCUGUCCCUGGGCUACCUCUGCGCGUCCGGCUACGGCACGAAGGCGCGGAACCCGGCGCGCGUCCGCGUGCGCACGAAGGAGUACGCGCACGAG